GACGACGGUGGAGGGGGCGGGGGCGGAGGCGGAGGCGGGGGUGGCAUCAAUUGCAUGGCCUGCGUGCCGGCGUCGCCGAGGACGGCAAGUCCGCUGGCCGACGGCUGUCGCGGAGGCAACAACAGCGUGGACGAAGACGAUACCGACGUCAACGUCGACGCCGACGCCGACGGCGAGGGCGACGGCGACGAGGCGGAGACGGAGACGGAAGAGGCAGCGACGCCGACGCCGCCGCCGCCGCCGUUGCCGACGACGAAGGCGAGAAAGGGCGAAGCGGCCGUAGACGAGAGGGCUGUGUUGUGUCGCAUGGAGGAGCGCACACACGUCGACUCCUCGGGGCUGUCGGCGAAGCAACCGGUCGGCGAAGCCAACGAGCCCGGCGGGAAGCCGCAGCGCGACAGCGCCGAAGCCAUCACUGCCGAUCAACUCUCCUCGCCUUCACACACAGCUCGUCUGUCACCGUUCGACCCGGUUGACGGAUACGUGCUAAAUCCUGGCCCGGCUCGCCCCAAGGGCAUACCGGGCGCGAAGUGGUCGGGUGUGUUGGCCUGCUCUUCUGGACGGAGACACAAUGACACACACGACUGUGUGUGCGUCCAGAGGGUCGGCGAGUUUGUGCUGUUGCCCGGAGGGCGUCAAACCGGUCGUGUCGGAUUUUCCGAUUCCUCAGUCUGUCUCUCGCUUCUCCCAGAGGGAUUUGGCAAUUGCCGGCGGCUGAUCGGCUUCUGGUUGCGCCGACGACUCGUGGCCGAGACUCUUUUUGAGUGGAUUAUCGCGCGUCGGGACUCGAACUUGCCACGUCAAGCGUGGGAACUCGGUUGGAUAGUCGCUGGGGCAAGCGACAACCGAAAGAGGGCUCUGGGCCUGUGCCCGGUUGGCCGGACUCGCGACACUGGCCGAGCCGGGUGGGGCGAAGUGGAGGGGAGUGGAGUGGAGUGGAGUGAAGUGGAGUGGGGUAGGGGGAGAUGGGGCGGCUCGAGGAGGGGCCGAAGAGAGGAGCCGAGAAUUGGCCGAAGCGCAGCAGCGGCGAAUCAAACCGCUCCGCAUCUCCUCGGCCCUCUAGCGCCGUCUCUUGCUCUCACUCUCUCCAUCUCUCUGUCUCUUAUUCUGGCUCUUCCUCCAGCCGGCCUCAUGUCGCUCUGUCUGUCUGUUUCUCAGUGUCUGUCUGUCGACUGGCACGAUUGGGCUGAACGGCGAUUGGCCAAUCCAACUUUGCUUUCCCACUUCGCUUCCCACCUCUGCUCCAACCAAUCCCGUUUUUGCCAGACGUGUCGCCGUCACCAUAACCUUGUCAUUCUCUCUAUCCUGCUCUGUCUCUCUGUCUCUCCAUCCUACCAGUCUGAGAGACAGACUUGUCGGCGCCGCCUCUCAACAGAACACACCUGGACUGACGAGGCGGAGCGACGUGGCCGAAUUGGCGAACGUCGGGUGGGCCGCGAGGCAGGCGGGGCGGCCAGCCGAUAG